CGGAUAAAUACAAAAAUGGCGACUGGACCUGCAGUAAGUUCAGCACUAGAGACGAUCAGCAGACAUCAUCUUGAGUGCAGCAUCUGUCAAGGGAGAUAUCAACAGCCCAAGAUAUUGGAAUGCCUCCAUAACUUUUGUGAGCAAUGUCUGCUGAAAUACUGCAGCACGAAGCACCAGGGUGCUACAGCGAUUCCUUGCCCGGUGUGUCGACAGGAGACGGAACUUCCUGAGGUUGGGGUGCAGGGUCUUAAAACAAACUUUCAUCUGAUUGGUCUGGUAGAGGAAUUGGAACUGCAGGAAAAGUUGGUGUGUUCGGGUGGCACAAAGCUGCUCUGUGAGACAUGUGAUGAUGGCAAUGAGGCAACACGUCGGUGUCUGGACUGUGCACAGAAUAUCUGCUCACGUUGUCAUAGUUCACACAAAAGAAUUGCUACUACAUCGAGCCACACAAUAGCUACUUUGGAGGACAUUUGUGAAGGAAAGGUGAAACUGACAAAAGAAAACCUGAAACAACAUCCCAAAUGUCCGAAACAUGAAGGCGAAGUGACAAGGUUCUUUUGUAUGACAUGUGAAGUGUUGAUCUGCCGAGAUUGUACUGUCAUUGACCACUGCAAGCCAGAACACUCGUACAUUGACAGAAAUCAAGCCGCAUCGACCUACAAACAGUCGUUAGCUGAACUGUUUUCUCCACUUGGAUACGAAAUGAAGGAACUGAAAAAAUCACAAGAGGAAGUCUCAAGAAUAAAAGAAGAUUUGGGUGUCACAGUUAAGAGGGUCAGGACAGAAGUGCAGGACAGAGCAGCUGAGAUACGAGCAGAGGUAACGGCUCAAGAAAAUCGCAUCCUUAAUGACAUCAAAAACAUCCAAACAGAUCGUGAACAAAAACUCGACGAAUGUGAGAAAAAUAUGGGCUUGGCUGCGGAGAGAUUUCAGUAUUCACUAGACACAGCAAGAGAGGUGACAAGGACUGCAUCGGAUAGUGACUUUCUCUCACUCUAUCCCACAAUCAGCAAAGACUUGAAAUUGUUGGCAGAUCAGAGAAUGCCUAGAGUUGACAACAGGCUUGCAUUUCUGAAGUUCAAGCAGAGUGAGGGUGUUGGUGGCAUCAGUCUGGGUGAGGUGGUGGUGGAAGUUGAGUGGAAGCUGUGCUGCGAUCGGGAGUUUGGUAGAAUCGGAAGCGGUCCAGGAGAGUUUGAUGGGGCUUGGGGGAUUGCUGCUCGUCAACCUGGUGAGAUUGCAGUGACUGACUACUGCAACAAACGAGUUGUGAUCUGCAGCAUCGAUGGCGACCAGAAAAGCACGAUCCCAAUGCAAGGAUGUCCACUCGGCAUCGCAGCUACACGCAGCGACGAUCGUUUGGUGGUUGUUGAGGAAGGCGCAUCCCAUGUGAAGGUGUUCAACAGCAACAACACGCUGGCAUACGAGUUCCCAACGGUGUCGCCGAGUGAUGAGGUCGAUAAGACCGCAGUUGACCUCCACUCUGUGGCAGUCAAGAAUGACGAUACCAUCAUAGUGGGUGAUGUCAGGAGAAUGGUGUUGACUGAGCACAGCCCCACUGAUGGUGAGCUCCUACGCACCAUACCAGUCAAAAUUAAACCUUACUUUCUAGCUGUUGAUGACAGCAACGAUAGAAUUGUCAUCAGUGAUAAAUCGCAGGCCGUGGAUGUGGCUGAUGGCAAUGGCACUACACGACGCACUAUCAAACCCACCAUGAAUGAUGAACCAGUACAAUACUGCAACGGUGUGUACACUGAUAGCGCAGGUAUCUAUAUUGCAAUGGAAAAUGGUCCUAGCACGCGUCAUAUCCACCACUAUGACCCUCAAGGUGGCUUUCUCAAGUGCAUCGCACAGGGUCUGCAUGCCCCUUUGGGAAUAACACUCACAUCAGACGGGCAGCUUGCAGUGGCUGACUGGUACUCGAUAAAGAUAAUUCACCAUGUUGCUGUGACGCUGUAAUCAGACAUGUAAUUUCACAUUUAUAGUUUUUGUUUAUGAGUAUGGAAAAGCGCAUGAAUACCAAAUCAGCUCUGGAAUAAUCUUAAUAAUUGGCAAAAUGAAAACUGAAGUAAAGUAUUCGGGACACCAACAUGCAUUGAAACAAUUUGAAAAUUAAGCCUUUAAAAUGAUGUAUGUUAUAUAAAUAAUUCAUAUGUGAAGACUUUGAUAAGUCAUUAAUUAACACUAUACUGAAUAAAUCAAUAUAUCUGAAUAAAAUCCUGUCAUCUGAUUGGUAGGUCGUUGUUCACGUGACAUUAAAAUGAUUGAUCCCAAGUUAACACACGGCCCGGUUUCAUCGCAAAAAUAGAAGUUCCAUUCCACGGUAAAUAGUAGUUCCAUUGUACUGUCAUACUACCACAUAAUCAGAUUCAAGGAUUUAUGCAGGCGCUGUAUAAAACAAAUAAUUCCGUAUUAAACAUUUUGUGCAACAUAAAGAAUAAUUUAAUUCGGUGUUAGAUGGUAUGUUAAUUUCCUAGGCUUUGCCUUGCCGAAAAGAUGAUUAUAUCAGGUAUGCAACUUUUCCUCGGAUCAGCUGAUUUCCUCUUUUUUUACU